AUGGCGCGCACUCCGUGUCCGCAGGCGCGUCCGGUACGACAGACGCGUCCGCUGCGUCGGGCGGCUCUGUGUCGACGCUGGGGCCUCCACGAUCCACGGGAACGUCAACGUGCACCUGGACCUGAACACGAACGCGCUGAGCGUGGACAGCUGCACCACCAGACGGAGAUCGAGGUGACAGUGGCCAAGUGCGACCCGCACGCGCUGUUCAAGAGCCACGCGGCGCCGUCCAGCAACCGGAACACGCUCCUCUGGGACAUUGGCGACGUGGGGGCGGGCUGGAAGCCUCGAGUUGCCCCAGCGCUGUUGGUGCUGCUGCUGCCCGCGUGGGAGAAGGUGUUCGUGUCGGGUGGCGCUGAGUUGUUCCACCGCCUGGCUGGCGGCCAGCACCGCGGUUGCAUUGUGGACUGGACUCCAGAUCUUCCCGCCGUUUGCUCGCCCAGGAUGCUGCGUCGCUCGGGGACUGCUGAAGAGUCUCACAGUAGCGGCGACGGCGGCGACGUGGGCACGGGAUACCGCGACAGCGCCACCUUGUCCUCAGAAGACUUGGCGGAGGAGCACGAAGCUGCUCCACCAGCGCUGCGAAGUCGUCCUGGAGCUGUGUGUUCACUCCAGCAAGCGUCCAUCACGUCCGCUGAGAGAUCAGCAACCUCCGUGUUCCACGACCAGAGUUUCUCGGGAAGGAAGCUGAAGUUCACCAGAGACUGUGAAAGGCAGCUUGAUCACGGCCGUACGCUGGCCAAAAAGAAGAAGAACAAGAACUUCGAGCGGCUAUCGGCGGCGCCACCCGCCCUACACAACCUUCUCAAUCAGAUGCAGGAGUCGCUGGCAACUCUGGAUACCCGCGAUACCGGGCUGCAGUUCCCAUCGGACAAGGUCUCGCAGGCUUCGUCUUCGCCAUGA